CUGCUAGUUUUUCCGGUUCCUGUGCGUGGCGCUGUUUCCCACCCCCUGACGAGAAUGCGGCACGUCCGCUCUACGCAUGCUCACAGAAUCAGUCGACCCUCAAACCCGGAUGUAACCAACGCCUAACCUGUCGGAAGAAAAACGAUGCAGACUAUAAAAUGUGUAGUUGUAGGGGAUGGCGCUGUCGGAAAGACCUGCUUACUCAUCUCCUACACAACCAACAAGUUCCCCUCAGAAUAUGUGCCUACGGUUUUUGACAACUAUGCCGUGACAGUGAUGAUCGGAGGCGAGCCCUACACACUAGGCCUUUUUGACACAGCAGGUCAGGAGGACUACGACAGGCUGCGUCCUCUCAGCUAUCCACAGACAGACGUGUUCCUUGUUUGCUUCUCUGUGGUCUCCCCGUCUUCGUUUGAGAACGUCAAAGAGAAGUGGGUUCCGGAAAUUUCUCACCACUGCCCACGUACGCCUUUCCUGUUGGUGGGCACUCAAGUGGACCUGCGGGAGGACAGCAACACCAUCGAGAAGCUGGCCAAGAAUAAACAGCGCCCCCUGUACCCCGAGACCGCAGAGAAGCUGGCUCGUGAGCUCAGGGCAGUUAAAUAUGUGGAGUGCUCUGCCCUCACGCAGCGAGGACUGAAGAACGUAUUCGACGAGGCCAUCUUGGCUGCUUUGGAACCUCCCGAGACCAAACCCAAGAGGAAGUGUGUUCUUCUAUAGAUGACGGCAACAGUUAAAAACCAAACGGUAUAAGAAAUGCGUGGGGGGGCAAAAUCAAAAUAUCAAGUGAGUUCAGUGGCCAAUUAAGACAAGGGGAAGGUGCAAAGAGACUUAAAACAACGUGACUGUGGCGAUCGUGCCUUCAAAAUAAGAGUUGAAAGAAAGAAGCAAAGAAAGCAAAAAGGUCAGUGUGCAGUAAACACGGGUAGCAUCACCCAUCUCCUCGUCACUGAAAGCUUUUAGAAAGUGCAGUGUUCUCCGCAAAUAUUCCAAUGGGGCAGGACCCCCUCCCUGCCUCCUUUAAUCCAUCCCAUUUCCCUUUUAAAGAUAUUUUUUUUUAUUAUUAAAUAGCUUUUUUCCUCCUGGGCUUGAUUUCAUGUGUCCAAUUGGGGCUUUUCCUCAUUGUAAUGCUAAGAAAUAGAAAAUAAAUGAGUUUUUUCAGUGAACUUUGGUUAGUACAUCUAAAGGGGCAACAUAAUGAUAUGUGGUACUCUGCUUUAUUAAUGACGGAUUUUAAUGAUAGAAGCACAUUAGAUCUGCUGCACUCCAAACAAACCUAGCAGUCUGCUACUUCCUUCCAGCGCACAGUGAUUAGUUGGGAGGACAUUUGGCCCUUUUUCCCGUUUCUGGGUGACUUAAGAAUUUCUAUUUUAUUUUUCCUUUUGUGUAUAUUGUAUUGCUUAUGUGACUUUAUUUUGGGAACCUUUUUCUUAGCAAUAAUUUCAUUCUGAAACUUUCAGUUUUUAUUUCUUCAUCACUAGACAACCAACAGGGUCAUUGAUUUAGAAAAAAAAUACAAAAUCAAUAAUAAAAAAAAAACUUCAAGCUGUAAUAUUUUGCAUAGAUCUUAAUCCUGAGUGAUUGAGAUGUUAACCUUUGCUAGUAAAUGUGUGGGAGUUUGUAAUCGCAUAAUAUUUGUAAUAAAAAUGGUUUAACUGA